UCACAAAGAAAAGAAGGUAACAGAGAGAAGUCCUGGGGAAAUGAAGAGGUUUCCUGUUAAUCCUGCAGUUGUUUUUCCAGACUGGGUAGUUGCAGUGUCCUUCAAGUCCUUGACUGAGUAGAAGCCCUUGCUGGAGAGACUGGAAGAAUUUAAGUGAAGAGAAGCAAAUUGUACAUUUUGCUUUGAGAUUCUCACAGGGCUGGUCAUAUACAGUGAGCGUGUCAGCUGGCCAGGGGAGGACCAUGGCUGGUGCGUGGAAAUUUUCCUGCUAGGAGAAGAUCUUUACCAAGAGCUAUAUUGUGAAUCAGGUCAGAGGGUGUCCUGUGAGCAGCAGGCAUGGUCACGCCGCAGGUCUAGAGCAAACCAGCCACCGUGUUCAGGCAUUCAUGGUGGAAUACAGGUAGAAAGCAGGAGACAGGGGCAAAUACCACCGCAAAGUUUCGGAGAUGUUGAAGAAGAAGAAAGUCGUUUUCAUGCAGCCAUGCCCUGAGGUGGUGGAAGAUCAGGAGAGAGACCAGGGCAGAUGGACACUACUUCGCAAUGUCAACCAGGUCCUGAAGCCCACGACCAUGUUAGCGGGGGAUUAUGUGUGGAUGGACCUCAAAACUGGGCGGGAAUUCGACGUCCCCAUUGGAGCGGUGGUUAAACUGUGUGAUUCUGGACAGAUCCAGGUCGUGGAUGAUGAAGGCAAUGAGCACUGGAUUUCCCCACAGAAUGCCAGCCACAUCAAACCCAUGCACCCCACCUCCAUCCACGGAGUGGAGGACAUGAUCCGCCUAGGGGACCUGAACGAGGCGGGAAUUCUCAGGAACCUGCUGAUUCGCUAUCGGGAGCACCUCAUCUAUACAUACACAGGUUCAAUACUGGUGGCAGUAAACCCCUACCAGCUCCUACCCAUCUACUCACCUGAGCAGAUACGCCUCUACACCAACAAAAAGAUUGGUGAGAUGCCACCACACAUCUUUGCCAUUGCUGACAACUGCUACUUCAACAUGCAGCGCAACAACAAGGACCAGUGUUGUAUCAUAAGUGGAGAAUCCGGAGCAGGGAAGACAGAAAGUACAAAACUGAUUCUGCAAUUCCUGGCAGCAAUCAGUGGUCAGCACUCCUGGAUUGAACAGCAGGUCCUGGAGGCAAACCCCAUCUUGGAAGCUUUCGGGAACGCGAAGACCAUCCGUAAUGACAAUUCCAGCAGAUUUGGGAAGUACAUCGAUAUCCACUUCAACAAAAGGGGAGCCAUAGAGGGGGCAAAGAUUGAGCAGUACCUGCUGGAGAAGUCCCGGGUGUGCAGGCAGGCCCAGGAUGAGAGGAAUUACCACGUGUUCUACUGCAUGCUGAGAGGAAUGACCAUGGAGCAGAAGAAGAAGCUGGGUCUCGGGAAAGCCACAGACUAUAACUACCUUGCGAUGGGUAACUGCACGACCUGUGAUGGCAGAGAUGAUAGCAAGGAGUACGCCAAUAUCCGCUCCGCUAUGAAGGUCCUCAUGUUCACCGACACCGAGAACUGGGAGAUCUCCAAGCUGCUGGCUGCCAUCCUGCACAUGGGCAACCUGCAGUAUGAAGCUCGGACCUAUGACAACCUGGAUGCCUGCGAGGUUGUUCAGUCAGCAUCGCUCAUCACCGCAGCAACGUUGCUAGAGGUUGAGCCCCAGGACGUGAUGAACUGCCUUACCAGCCGAACUAUAAUCACAAGGGGCGAGACUGUCUCCACCCCUCUCAGCAUGGAACAAGCGCUGGAUGUGAGAGAUGCUUUUGUAAAGGGAAUUUAUGGGCGACUUUUUGUGUGGAUCGUGGAGAAGAUCAAUGCUGCAAUUUACAGACCUCCUUCCCAGGAACUCAAAAGUAUCAGGAGAUCCAUUGGCCUUCUUGACAUCUUUGGCUUUGAGAACUUCACUGUGAACAGUUUUGAGCAGCUUUGCAUUAACUUUGCGAAUGAAAACCUGCAACAGUUCUUUGUGCGCCACGUCUUCAAGCUAGAGCAAGAGGAGUACAACCUGGAGAACAUCAACUGGCAGCACAUCGAGUUCACUGAUAACCAGGAUGCCUUGGACAUGAUUGCCAUCAAGCCUAUGAACAUCAUCUCCCUCAUUGACGAGGAGAGCAAGUUCCCCAAGGGUACAGAUGCCACCAUGUUACACAAGCUGAACUCCCAGCACAAGCUUAACACCAACUAUAUUCCUCCGAAGAAUAACUACGAAACCCAGUUUGGCAUUAACCAUUUUGCUGGAAUUGUUUACUACGAAACAAAAGGUUUCUUGGAGAAAAACAGGGACACGCUGCAUGGAGACAUCAUUCAGCUGGUGCAUUCCUCAAAAAACAAAUUCAUCAAGCAGAUCUUCCAAGCAGAUGUGGCAAUGGGAGCAGAGACGAGGAAGCGCUCGCCUACACUCAGCAGCCAGUUCAAGCGCUCCCUGGAGCUGUUGAUGAGGACUCUCAGCGUGUGCCAGCCCUUCUUUGUCCGCUGCAUCAAGCCCAAUGAGUACAAGAAGCCCAUGCUGUUUGAUCGGGAGCUGUGUGUCCGUCAGCUGAGGUACUCAGGGAUGAUGGAGACCAUCCGCAUCCGCCGGGCUGGAUACCCCAUCCGCUACACCUUCGUGGAGUUUGUGGACCGGUACCGGGUGCUCAUGCCUGGCGUGAAGCCAGCGUACAAGCAGGGUGACCUGCGUGGGACAUGCCAGCGCAUUGCUGAAGCAGUGCUGGGGAAGGAUGAUGACUGGCAGAUUGGCAAAACAAAGAUAUUUCUAAAGGACCACCACGACAUGCUGCUGGAGAUUGAGAGAGACAAGGCCAUCACGGACAAAGUCAUCCUCAUCCAGAAGGUGGUUCGUGGGUAUAAAGACAGGUCCAAUUUCCUGAAAGUGAGAAAUUCAGUCCUGAUGAUUCAGAGAUACUGGCGUGGACAUAACUGCAGGAAGAACUAUGGUGCUAUGCGGAUUGGCUUCCUGAGGCUGCAGGCCCUGUACCGAUCCCGCAAGCUUCACAAGCAGUACCACAUGGCUCGGCGGCGGAUCAUCGAGUUCCAGGCGCGAUGCCGGGGCUACCUGGUCCGCAGGGCUUUCCGCCACCGCCUCUGGGCUGUCCUCACCGUCCAGGCCUACGCCCGGGGCAUGAUCGCCCGAAGGCUCUACAAGCGCCUCCGGGGGGAAUAUUAUCGACGCCUGGAAGCAGAGAAGCUUCGGCUGGCAGAAGAGGAACGACUUCGAAAGGAGAUGAGUGCCAAGAAAGCCAAAGAAGAAGCAGAAAAGAAGCACCAAGUACGCCUGGCCCAGCUGGCACGGGAAGAUGCAGAGAGAGAAGUAAAGGAGAAGGAGGAAGCACGUCGGAAGAAAGAGCUCUUAGAGAAAAUGGAGAGAGCUCGCAAUGAGCCAGUGAAUGACUCAGAAAUGGUGGACAAAAUGUUUGGAUUCCUGGGGACAACCUCCUCCCUUCCUGGCCAGGAGGGACAGGCACCCAAUGGCUUCGAGGACCUUGAGCAAGUCCAGAAGGAGCUGGAGGAAGAGGACCUGGAUGCAGCAUUGCCUCUCCCUGAGGAGGAGGAAGAAGACCUCUCAGAGUACAAAUUUGCCAAGUUUGCAGCCACGUAUUUCCAGGGCACAACAACACACACGUACAUCCGCCGGCCCCUCAAGCAGCCUCUCUUGUACCAUGAGGAUGAAGGAGACCAGUUGGCGGCACUUGCUGUAUGGAUCACUAUCCUGCGUUUCAUGGGAGACCUCCCUGAGCCGAAAUAUCACACAGCCAUGAGUGAUGGUGGUGAGAAGAUACCAGUAAUGACAAAAAUAUAUGAGACUCUUGGUAAAAAGACCUAUAAGAAAGAACUGCAGGCUCUGCAGGGAGAAGGAGAGAGUACUCACAUUGAUGGGCACAAGAAGAACAGUGUGCGGCACAAACUGGUCUCCUUAACACUCAAGAAGAAAUCCAAACUGACGGAGGAGGUGACAAAGAGACUUCACGAUGGUGAGUCUACGCUGCAGGGUAAUAGCAUGCUCGAAGACCGACCCACUUCCAACCUGGAGAAGCUCCAUUUCAUUAUUGGUAAUGGCAUCCUCAGGCCAGCCUUAAGGGAUGAAAUCUACUGUCAAAUCUGCAAGCAGCUGACUCAGAACCCAUCCAAAAGCAGCCAUGCUAGGGGUUGGAUCCUGAUGUCCCUUUGUGUGGGAUGUUUUGCUCCUUCUGAGAAGUUUGUGAAGUAUUUAAGGAACUUUAUCAACGGAGGCCCCCCAGGUUAUGCUCCCUAUUGUGAAGAGAGGCUGAGGCGGACGUUUGCCAAUGGGACAAGGACACAGCCACCCAGCUGGCUGGAGCUGCAGGCAACCAAGUCCAAGAAACCGAUCAUGCUGCCUGUCACAUUUAUGGAUGGGACAACAAAGACACUGUUGACAGACUCUGCAACAACUGCUAAAGAGCUCUGUAAUUCUUUGGCUGACAAAAUCAGCCUGAAGGACCGAUUUGGCUUUUCACUCUACAUUGCACUUUUUGACAAGGUGUCCUCGUUGGGGAGUGGCAAUGACCAUGUGAUGGAUGCUGUGUCCCAGUGCGAGCAGUACGCCAAGGAGCAGGGAGCGCAGGAGCGCAACGCACCAUGGCGGCUCUUCUUCAGGAAGGAGAUCUUCACGCCCUGGCACAACCCCAGUGAGGACAACGUGGCCACCAAUCUCAUCUACCAACAGAUUGUGCGAGGGGUGAAGUUUGGGGAGUAUCGGUGUGACAAGGAAGAAGAUCUGGCAGAACUGGCUUCCCAGCAGUACUACGUGGACUAUGGGUCAGAGAUGGUACUGGAAAGGCUGCUAAAUCUAAUUCCAUCCUACAUUCCAGACAGAGAGAUCACAGCUUCAAAAACAGUGGAAAAAUGGGCUCAGCUCAUUAUAGCUGCACAUAAAAAGGGAAUUUAUACUCAGAAGAGGGCGGACCCAAAAAAGGUCAAGGAAGAAGUGGUGGAUUUUGCACGUUUCAAGUGGCCUUUGCUGUUUUCUCGGUUUUAUGAAGCCUUCAAAUUCUCAGGACCAAGUCUGCCUAAAAAUGAUGUGAUUGUAGCUGUCAACUGGACAGGGGUGUACUUUGUGGAUGAACAGGAGCAGGUUCUCUUAGAGCUCUCUUUCCCAGAGAUCACAGCUGUGUCAAGCAGCAGAGGAGGAAAGCUGCAAGGGCAGAGCUUCACCCUGGCCACCAUUAAAGGUGAUGAAUACACUUUCACCUCCAACAAUGCAGAGGAUAUCCGGGACCUGGUGGUGACCUUCCUUGAAGGACUAAGGAAACGAUCCAAGUAUGUGGUCACUCUCCAAGACAACCCAAAUCCAGUGGGAGAGGAAUCUGGGUUCCUCAGCUUCCUUAAAGGAGACCUGAUAGUUCUGGACCAGGACACAGGAGAACAAGUGAUGAACUCGGGUUGGGCUAAUGGGUUCAAUGAACGGACCAAGCAGAGAGGGGAUUUCCCAACUGAUUCAGUCUAUGUCUUGCCUACAGUCACCAUGCCUCCACUGGAGAUCGUGGCCCUGGUCACAAUGACCCCUGACCAACGACAAGAUGUUAUCAGAACCUCUCAGAUGGCAAUUUCAGACAGUGAAGAAAGAGUAAAGCCAUACACCUUGGAGGAAUUUUCCUAUGAUUACUUUAGGCCACCUCCAAAACACACCCUCAGCCGGGUGAUGAUCACCAAGAGCCGUGGCAAGGACAAGCUGUGGUGUUACACCCGUGAGCCCAUCAAACAGCCACUGCUGAAGAAGAUCCUGGGCAGCGAGGAGCUGUCCCAAGAAGCCUGUAUGGCCUUUAUUGCUGUGCUGAAAUAUAUGGGUGACUACCCAUCCAAAAGGACCCGCUCAGUCAAUGAGCUGACAGACCAAAUAUUUGAAGGUGCCUUGAAAGCUGAACCCCUAAAAGAUGAAAUCUACUGCCAGACCCUCAAGCAGCUCACGGACAACCACAUCAAAUACAGUGAAGAGAAAGGCUGGGAGUUGCUGUGGUUGUGUACAGGCCUUUUCCCUCCAAGUAACAUCCUCCUGCCCCACGUCCAGAGGUUCCUGCAAUCCCGGAAACAUCACCCCUUGGCAGCAGACUGCAUCCAGAGACUCCAGAAAGCCCUACGGAAUGGAUCCAGAAAAUACCCGCCCCAUCUAGUAGAAGUGGAAGCCAUUCAACACAAAACAACCCAAAUUUUCCACAAGGUUUACUUCCCUGAUGACACUGAUGAGGCAUUUGAGGUGGAAUCCAGCACAAAAGCCAAGGACUUCUGCCAGAACAUUUCCAACAGGCUUCUCCUGAAGUCCUCUGAGGGCUUCAGCCUCUUCGUCAAAAUCUCUGACAAGGUCAUCAGUGUGCCAGAGGGAGAUUUCUUCUUUGACUUUGUGAGACACCUGACAGACUGGAUAAAGAAAGCAAGACCAGCAAAAGAUGGUAUAGUGCCUUCCCUCACCUACCAAGUGUUCUUCAUGAAAAAACUGUGGACCAACACAACGCCUGGAAAAGACUCGAUGGCAGACUCAAUCUUCCACUAUUACCAGGAGUUACCAAAGUACCUGCGUGGCUACCACAAGUGCUCACGGGAAGAGGUCCUGCAGCUGGCAGCUCUCAUCUACCGGGUCAAGUUUGAGGAUGACAAGUCCUAUUUCCCCAGCAUCCCCAAACUCCUGAAGGAGCUGGUGCCUCAGGACCUCAUCCGGCAGCUCUCUCCAGAUGACUGGAAAAGGUCCAUCGUGGCAUACUACAACAAACACGCGGGCAAAACAAGAGAAGAAGCCAAGCUUGCCUUUCUAAAGAUUAUCUUCAAGUGGCCUACAUUUGGAUCAGCAUUCUUUGAAGUGAAGCAAACUACAGAGCCAAAUUAUCCAGAAAUCCUUCUAAUUGCCAUCAAUAAGCAUGGAGUCAGCCUCAUUGAUCCCAAAACCAAGGAUAUUCUCAUCACUCACCCCUUCACCAAGAUCUCCAACUGGAGUAGUGGCAACACGUAUUUCCACAUAACCAUUGGCAACUUGGUGAGAGGAAGCAAGCUGCUCUGUGAGACCUCCCUGGGGUACAAGAUGGAUGAUCUUUUGACCUCGUACAUCAGCCAGAUGCUAACAGCCAUGAGCAAACAGAGGAGUGCAAAGGGCAGCAAGUGA